GUUCAGACUGCUCCCGUAACUUCACCAGUCAGAACGGGAUCAUUGAGUCUCCGGGGUUCCCUGAUAAAUACCCUCAUAACCUGGAGUGUUCCUUUAUUAUCAUCGUGCCCCCGGCCAUGGACUUGACCCUGACAUUCCUGACCUUUGACCUGGAGAAUGACCCCCUGCCCGGGGGAGAGGGAGACUGCAAGUACGACUGGCUGGAGGUCUGGGACGGUCUGCCACAAGUGGGUCCUCUGAUAGGACGUUACUGUGGAACUAAGAUCCCUCCUGAGAUGAUGUCGUCUACAGGUAUCCUGUCUCUGUCCUUCCACACGGACAUGGCCGUGGCCAAAGAUGGCUUCUCUGCUCGCUACAACAUGACACACAAAGAGGUCAGCGACACUUUCCAUUGCAGCAACGCAUUAGGUCUGGAGUCAGGGAAGAUCUCUGACGACCAGAUCACUGCCUCCUCUUCCUUCUAUGACAACACCUGGUUGCCACGGCAAGCCCGUCUUAACAACAAUAACAACGCGUGGACCCCAAACGAGGACAGCAGCAAAGAGUUCAUCCAG